AGAACAUGUCGAAGCAGUAGCAGUGACGUUCAUAUCAGAAAUUACCGAAGCCUGUCGUUACCUACAAAAUGCCUCUCGAUACGCUCUCCACCUAUUCGCAGACUUUACUUCGACAAGAUGGCCGAAGAUGGAAUGAACUUCGCAGAAUCAAUGCCUCGAUCUCAACACAACCGUCCAGUGAUGGCAGCAGUCUGUUGACCAUGGGUAAUACAAUGGUGGUGUGCACUGUGACAGGUCCAAGAGAAGGUCGGGGCCAACGCGACAACAAUAAUGCAACUGUCGAGACUGAGCUCAAUGUUGCACCGUUUGCGCAGAUGGACCGUCGACGACGCAAUCGCAACGACAAGCGAAUCCAGGAACUACAGACUACCAUCUCCAAUGCCUUCCAAAGCCACCUCUUCACUCACUUAUACCCGCGAUCCGCCAUCUCAAUAUCUCUACAUGUCCUUAGUUUAGAUGGUGCCCUUCUGGUUGCGUGUCUCAACGCAGCAAGUCUUGCUCUUGUGGAUGCGGGUGUUCCCAUGCCGUCAAUCCUCGCGGCCAUUUCGAGCGGAAGUAUCUCACCAGCAGACGACUCCUCAACUAAGCCGGAGCCCAUACUCGAUCUCAAUAAUGUUGAAGAGCAGGAAUUGCCAUAUCUAUCUAUCGCAACGGUAGCUGGCCAACCUGAAAUGGAGGACAAGGUGUCUGUGUUAAUGAUGGAAUCACGAUGCCAAAUCGGAGGAGCUAACAGCAAGAUGGAGAGCAUGUUAGCCACGGGUGUAGAUGGGUGCAAGCAAGUGCGGCGGAAGAUGGAGGAUGUCAUCAGAAAGCAUGGUGCAAAAGUCAUGCAAAGCAGAAAAUAGGUUACUCAAGAACGACGACUUGGCCAUGCAGUAUGUCCAUUGCGACUUGACAAGGCACGCUGCAGGGCUCAUUGGGGAAAAGGCAUUAGGCUGGAGGGCAUCAGAGAAUCCCCAGAAGUGAUGAUGGUCAUCCAGUUUUCGGGAACAGUUCCCUUGCAUAACAGUGAUGUUGUGAGUAGUGGGUAUCUUCAAGGCCUGGCUAAUUCUAAUCAGCAAUGGCACUCGCUCGCUGACGACACCUUGGGCUAUUCUCGAAUCAACCGGACCGAGCACACAGUGUCUCCCCCAAAUCCUUCAUGGCAGAGCCUGCUUCGGAAGCAAAAGCAAAGCCCAUGAGGAAGGGACAAAAAAGAAAUUGCUUCAACGCGGAGUCGAACCGCGGUCUCGUCGAAUUCGACCAGGUACGAACCUGGUAUGGAAUGGCAACGACGAAUUCUACCCCUGAACCAUUGAAGCCAGUUUCAGAUGUGUGUGGAUUGUUGAAGAAAAGUUUGUCUCUAUGAUAUGUCAAGAUUAAAAUUGCUUGUGUUGCUAAAAGGAAAGAUAACCGAGCGUGAGGUAGGUACAGCCACCCGCAAGCAUUCAUACUCACAUGGAUGCAUGUCAUUUCCACCGGCGCGUGAAUGCUGGACUGGGACAUGGCUGUACUGUGUUGCUGUUGUUCUGCUGAAGGUCUUGGAGAUAUGCGAUAAGCACCCGAGGGUCUUUGCCCACCUCUAGCUUUCUUGAUACUGUGCAGCCGCACCAAGGGGACUUGUGCUAUCCUUAUUCUCCUUCAAAUCAUCAGCCUGCCGCUCGCUAGACCAGUUGACCAUUAC